AGGUUAUUUUACUAAAUGCCCCUGGUUCAGUGGUAGCCUUGGAAGAGUUUCUCUGCAUUUCUACUUUCCUUCAGCAUUUUUACCCCAUACCACUAUUCCUCUCUUCUUCUGUUGUCAUCUCACCCUCUUCCUCUUUCACCCAGGGGCCUUGCAGAGAACACAGUCAUAGUUGAAACAGUUCAUCAUAUGAAUGCAGAGACAAAGCCAAGGGUCACUCUUACUCAGAGCUUGCCAGCAUCCCUUAAUAACCCUUCUAGGACAAGCAUCCAGCUCCUCUUGCUCUCUGCUAACUCCGUGUGUAAUUCCUCCAACAGAUAUUUUGUUCUCAACAAUAGGGUGCUUCUACCAUGCGCCAGGGGGUUCAGACUCCAAGCUGUGACUGCGAGCUCCCAUGGAAGCCGAGAAGGAAUCCCUGACAGAGUGACUGGUGCAUUGUCUGGUGUCUCAGCUUCAACUCUGGCCCAUCAGAAUGACUUGGACUGUUCUCUCACCUGUGAAUGCCACUACAAGGAAAGACCUCUGAUUGUUUUAUACUGCCUCCUCCUACUCGUCUUCUGCCAGUUCCACCAAGUGAGAAGAGUGAUGACCAUCCUUUUCUUUACUAUGGUUAUCUCAUACUUCACUUGCAUGAAAGCUGCCCCAAUGAAAGAAGCCAGUCUAAGAGGACAAGGCAGCUUGGCUUACCCAGGUCUUCGGACCCACGGGACUCUUGAGAGCAUAAAUGGGCCCAGUGCUGGUUCAAGGGGACUGACAUCGUUGGCAGACACUUUUGAACACGUCAUAGAGGAGCUUCUAGACGAGGAGCAGGACAUCCAGCCCAGCGAGGGAAACAAGGAUGCGGACUUGUACACAUCCCGAGUCAUGCUGAGCAGUCAAGUGCCUUUGGAACCCCCACUGCUCUUCCUGCUCGAGGAGUACAAAAACUACCUGGAUGCUGCAAACAUGUCCAUGCGGGUCCGGCGCCACUCCGACCCGGCUCGCCGCGGGGAACUGAGCGUGUGUGACAGCACGAGCGAGUGGGUGACAGCAGCAGAGAAAAAGACUGCAGUGGACAUGUCCGGGGCCACCGUCACCGUCCUGGAGAAAGUUCCAGUACCCAAAGGCCAGCUGAAGCAAUACUUCUACGAGACCAAAUGCAACCCCAAGGGGUACACAAAGGAGGGCUGCAGGGGCAUAGACAAGAGGCACUGGAACUCGCAGUGCCGAACUACCCAGUCUUACGUGAGAGCUCUCACCAUGGAUAACAAAAAGAGAGUUGGCUGGCGCUUCAUAAGGAUAGACACUUCUUGUGUAUGUACAUUGACCAUUAAAAGGGGAAGAUAGUGGAUUCGUGUUGUAUAGAUUAUAUUGAGACAAAAUUAUCUAUUUGUAUAUAUACAUAACAGGGUAAAUUAUUCGGUAAAAAAUAAUUUUAUGGACUGCAUGUAUGACUGAAGUUUAUACAGUACAGUGGUUACACAAUCUAUUUAUUGAACAUAUCCAUGACCUGAAGGGGAACAAUAGUCAUUUGCGCACAAGUUUAAACAAACAAACAAAAAAAAAAAAAAAAACAAAAAAACCAACAAAAAAAAAAAAUCAAGCGAACAAAAAAGUCUGCAUUACAUUCCUCCAUAACAUUGUGGUUUGUCGCCGUUGCCAAGAAUUGAAAAUAUAAAAAAUUUAAAAAAAAAAGAAUAAAAUUGCAUGCUGCUUCAAUUGUGAAUUAAUGAUAAACUGUCCUCUUUCAGAAAAAUAAAUUGAACCAAAACAUUCUGUUUACAUUUUAGACAGUAAGUAUCUUUAGUCUGUUAGUAUAUAUGUUUACUGCUUCUAACUUCUGAUAGCGUUGAAAUUAAAACAAUGUCAAGGUGCUGUUGUCAUAGUUUUACUGUUUCUCUUUUACUUUUGGACUCCCAUCAGAUUGCAAAACAAAAAAUCAUUACCUUAUUCUGGAUUAGAAAAAAAAUUUGGUUUUUGUAUGUUGUGAAGGUGUUUGCAAUAGCAGUCCGACUACUGACAAAAAAUAAUAAAAAGAGGCAACUGAAAAAGAAUGGUGAUGUUCCACUUCACAUUGUUGAACUUCAGGCUUAAAGACAACACUUAUUUAACUGUAAGCUGUAAGGCAACAUGCUUUUUUGGUUGUUGGGGGGGUGGUUUGUUGUUGUUGGGGUUGGGUUUUUUUUUUUUCUUUUUCAAUUUUCAGUCUUUUGAGACAUGCAUUUGCUUAUACCAUGUUUGCUUGUGUUUGAGAAUUUUUUUCCCCCUUUUCUUCCUCUGGAGGGACAUUGGUUGUGAUCUUUAAGUAUUUCACUUACCAUAGAACUGGAGCUUGUCAUAUAGAGAAUAUUCUAUAGUGUUCAGAGCAAUUAUUUUCAUAUAAUAAAAGACUGUGCUUGGAUCAAA